AUGGCUAACACUCAGAUGCCCAAGCUUCGAUCAGCUUGUGACGCAUGCCGUAAGGCCAAGGUGCGCUGCAAAGGAGGAACACCAUGCAUGUACUGCGAAAGGCACCACAAUAGCUGCCAUUAUAGCUUUGCGACACGCAUUGGAAAACCCAAGGGGAGUCGUAACUACAAGACGCUGAGGCGAUUGAGAGAGCCAGCACUCAAUGCGGCAGCCGCGACCAGCCAGCAGCCUCUCGCUUGCCACCUGAAUUAUCCGACAUCUAGUUCGCUCAGCAUGUUGCCAGCGUCGACCGUCGUUGAGUGGAACGCCGUUGAGUACCCCAUGACAUCGUCCUGCCAGCAUGGAAAUAGCACCUACACCUGGGUGGCUCCUAGGCCGAUCCCAACGCCUCCAGAGAGCAUCGAUUUGGGUUACAAGGGGCUACUGCUCCAUCCCAAACCUUUGAUAUCGCAGAUUUCCCAUACCGAAACCACAAGUUCCCCUCCGCAAGCGCAUGCUGACGACCUCUACUCAACCAGCAGCGGCUUCCCGACCUAUCAUGCGUCCUUUCAGUCGAUUCCUUGUUACUCCUUCACAAGUGAGCAGAAUGCUGGGUGUCUCCCCGUUUACCCCCGGCAGCUAGAGUACGGUGCAUUUUACGCAGCUAUGCCAUAUGAUGUUCAGAGCCAACAACAUCCUGCCAGACUUACGGGAAGCUAUUGA